AGCUUUUACGAUGGCCACCAAUGCAAAAAAAAUACUCGCUGUGGUGAUAACGAGAGGAAAAGAAAAAUGAACGUGAUGAAAUCAUUUCGCGAUUCUUUGAAGACUGCCAAGAGCAUUCUUAUAUUAACCGGUAGCGGAAUAUCCGCGGAAUCGGGAGUGCCAACAUUUCGGGGCUCUGACGGCUUUUGGCGAACUUAUCAAGCGCAAAAUUUAGCAACUCCUGAAGCUUUUGCUGCGAAUCCGUCACUCGUCUGGGAAUUUUAUGAAUAUCGUCGACAGCUCUGCAGCAAAGUACAACCAAACAAAGCUCACGAAGCUAUAGCUGCUUUUGAGAAUCGUGCCAGAAACGAAGGCAAAAGUGUAACCAUCCUAACGCAAAAUGUUGAUGGUCUUCACCAAAGAGCUAGCUCAAAAAAUGUCUUAGAACUUCACGGCUCCCUGUACAAAACGCGCUGUACAAAAUGCAAAGAAAUUCUUCUCAAUGAGAAUAUACCAAUUUGUCCGGCUUUAGAAGGAAAAGGAGCACCGGAUUCCAAAGAAACUUCCUGCAUACCAAGGGAACAGUUACCACGUUGUGCAACAAAGACUUGCGGAUCAUUGUUGCGACCACAUAUUGUCUGGUUUGGUGAAAAUCUUGAGGAAAAAGUCUUGGUUAAGGCUUACGAGGCUGUCGAAAACUGUGACGUCUGCAUGGUCAUUGGUACAUCUUCUAUUGUUUAUCCAGCUGCCAUGUUUGCGCCACAAGUCGCCCAGCGCGGUGUACCAGUUGCAGAAUUCAAUAUAGAAACGACAUCGGCGACACGACAGUUUCAGUAUCAUUUCCAAGGACCCUGCACGAUAACCGUACCGGAAGCUUUGAAGUCACAGUGACAACGAGUAAAAAUUCUUUUGAAAUAUUUUUAUGUUGAGAAUAUCGACAAUGUUCAAGAAGAUUUGAUUAUUGUGAUGUGUAAAUAAAUAUUACUUACCUCUAA